UUCAACCCCGCAUUUGCUGGAUAGCCGAGCCGAAAAGCAACUUCACCAUCAUUCAAUAUCGAAUAACCCGAACAUCAACACACAUUCUCUACGAAAAUAUCAAAAGGACCAAGCAUAUACAAGAUGUCCAAUGCACCAAAUACUGCCGGUAAUGAAAGAUUUAAUGCCGAAGCGGCAAACUGGGACAAUAACCCCUCUGUCCAAGAGGCGACUCGUCUCGCAUACGAGACACUCCGACCCCUCAUUGAGAAUCUUUCGGGGAAGAAGCACGAUGCGACAGGAACUGGCUUAGAUGUCCUCGAAGUGGGCUGUGGAACAGGCCUGUUGAGUGUGCGGGUGGCACCGCUGGUCCGCGAGAUUGUCGCCGUUGAUACGGCAGAGGGCAUGAUCGAAAUGCUGAAGACGAAGACGACCCAGCCUGACUCUCCGCGAAAUAUUGUCCCCAUUUGCAAGUUGCUAGAGGACCCCGAAGAUCCCGUUCUUCCUCCCAGUGAUGAGAACCAGCCCGCCGCAGGUCGGAGAAAGUUCGAUCUGGCCUUGUCGCAUCUGGUACUGCAUCAUAUUCCUGAUCUUCGACCUUUUCUCCACAUGCUCCUGGGCAGCCUCAAGCCUGGCGGAAGGAUAGCUUUGACAGAUUUUGAGGACUUUGGUCCCGAGGCAAUCAAGUUUCACCCCAAGUCGAAGCUGGAGGGUGUGGAACGGCACGGCAUCCCGCGUCAGUGGAUUGAAGACCUGUUGAAGGAGGUUGGCUUCGAGCAAGUCAAGGUAUGGGUCGGGUGGACGCUGGAUAAGGAUGUCGAGGGGUGGGAUGACGACAAUGGAAGCUACGCUGGUGACAAGAAGACAAUGCAAUUUCCCUUUCUCGUGUGCGAAGGAGUGCGUCCAUGAUAUGGCCCAGUCUGGUUACCGAUUGUAUCAAACUGGAAUGAACUACGCCGUGACUUGAAGCCGUUCGUUUAUAAAGCAUGUACCAUAGUGGAGUUGAAAAUCCUACGAUCCAUGCAAUACACGUGCAGGUCCCGGCCGAAGCCAGCAUGCUUUAGUGCCCUUGCAGCGAUAUGCUUAACUAAGCUUAAGUCCCUUGGGUUG